AACUCCGCCUCUGCUUGUUUUACAGUUCAUGUGCAACAGGAUGGAUGCUGAAGAAAAUCCAGACGAAGCGACUCUCGACCCAAGACAGAAGCCCAGGAUGUCCAGGAGCCUAAACACAAUAUCCCAGAGGUUUAUCAGGCUGCUGCAAGAGGCCGAGCACGGGGAGCUGGACCUUAGAUACGCAUUCAGGGCUCUGGGUGAGAAGAAGAUCAGAAGAAUCUACGACAUCACAAAUGUGCUGGAGGGCAUCGGUCUUAUUGUUAAAAUAUCCAAGUGCCACGUUAAAUGGGUUGGGACACAUGAUGAUAACAGACUCGUACGGCUGAAGUCUGAUCUCCAGGACCUGAGGUAUGUGGAAAGCAUACUGGACCAGCAGUUGAUCUUGGCUGAGGAGAGCAUCAAGAGCCAAACGGAUGCCUGGAAAAACCUGACUUAUGUGACCCAUAACGAUAUCUGCAGUUGCUUCACUGGUCACAUUCUCUUGGCAGUAAAAGCCCCAGCAGGCACUCAGCUGGACGUCCCCAUUCCCAAAGCUGUGCCGAACUGCCCAGCAAAGUAUCAGAUCAAUCUGAAAAGCAUCAGAGGACCUAUAGACGUCAUCCUUCUUAACAAGAGAACUGUCAGCUCUGACCCUGUUGUAUUUCCAGUUCCACCGCCUGAAGGAAUGUUGCAGUGUGCAAAGUCGGCUAUGUCUGUGUCAGAAAAUAAAGAAAACAAUGAUGGACUCUGUGAGGCAUCAGCUUUUACCUCAAAAAGCACUCAGUCUGAAUGGAGGACGGAAAAGGACGUGCAGCCACUUCAAGAAUCGUCUUUUAUGAGCGCUAACCCCAAUAAAAAGGACGAGUUUGUGUGUAAAAACAAUUCAAAAGAGCUGUAUAAUCACAUGGAUUCAUCUAAAGAUGUAAUUAAUGUAGAUCUAAUCACCCAGUUUAUGCCUUUAAAAGGUAAUUUCACAGUCUUUCUUUAUGUUUGUAUUUCUUACAUAUUGAUGUUUGCAAUAAUAAUUUUUUCAUCUUUCUCAGUGUUGUCUCCAAUCGUCCAGCUGUCGACGUCUCCAUCUAAGGCAUAAAGGUCACCAUAUUCUGAUGAGUGGUCAGAGUUUUUGGGCAUCAACUCCUGUAUUGUGGUGUUAAGAUGAUGUAUUUUUUUGUUUGUUGUUUCUGCAUUAUUGUUCUUUUAACAAAUAAAGCUUGAAUUUCAGAAAGUGUCUUCAUCUCCAAUCUAAGCUUGCACUGAAGCAUAAGCACCAAACUCAUGGUAGUCUCAACAGAAAGGAAAUGAAAUCUCAAUAUUAGCUUUGGAAACAAACGAGCUUUAUUGGAUGUAGCAAUGAUUUAAUUUCUCCAUCAAACAUAUUAAUAAAAGCCUCAUUCCCAUCUCAUUUGUUAUUUCAUAAAUGGUACAGUACAGCAUUAAUCUUUUAUUUAUAAACCCAAUUAGGAGUGCUAACUGCUGUUAAGCCAAUUAAUCUGAAGUGAAGGUUAAUUUUUCAGAUCAUGAUGUUAUGGUCUGGAGAGACACAUAAAUUUAGCCCAGGACGUAUGAAAUAAGUAAAUGCUUGAAUGAUUUUAUAUGAUUUUAACAUAAAAAGACCCUUAAAUUUUAUAUUAGCAAAUUAGGAUAAAACUUAGUUUAAUAACUGACACAAAUAAACAUUUAAAAUGCUAUUUAUCAAUUCAGUUUCAACCAUCUCGCAUAAAUAGGACAAUAUUUUUAUUUCUAAGGCUACUCUGGCACGUUUAGCCCUGUAUACUGUGUACAAAUAGCCAAUAAAAGGCAUAAAGACGAUAAGAUGGGGCUGAGAAACUGGAGCAGUCACAAAAGAAACAGAUUUAAAAGACCAAUAAAGCACCUGUUGCCCGGAGGAUGAGUCCACCAAAAACAAAUUUAUAACUUUUCCCCUGAGUGAGUAAUUUUUAAUCCCAAGUUUGACUAAACAUUAAACCCAAAUGGUUUAAUGUUUAAGAAGCGGUAUGUGAUGACGUACGUACGCUACGUAGGUAAAAUGUACGUAGAAGCUGGUUACGUUUUAUGUUUCUGCGGUGUUACUAUGGAAACGUUAGUUUACUUUGACCUGUAGCUGCAAGCUGUUGUUUAUAAGAAUACUCUAAAAAGCGCCUUUCUCUGUCUUAAUUAUCGACUCUUCGUGAAAGAUGGUAAAGUAUUUGUUGUUUUGAAUGCAUUGAAAGUCAGAUUGGUUUAUAAAUUAUUGGUAGCUCCGUUAAUGCUAGGUGCUAAUCUAAUGAAGGAAAGUAACGACGUCUGCUCCCCAGUAAAAACUGAACCUUUUAGACACAUUUUGUCUUUCAGCCGCCCAAAAAGAAAGAGACAAACAACCCGGAAACUGCAAGGAACCAAACUCUGAUAAACGGUCUCACCAAGGAGGAGUUGUCCAAG